AUGGAUUAUUUCCCCGUGAUUUUCUCUCUGCUGUUUGUGGCUUUCCAAGGAGUUCCAGAAACAGCGGUCCUGGGCGCCGAGCUCAGCACGCAGGAGGACGGCGGAGGAGAGAAGCCCGCUCCCAGUGCACCCCGCCGCCCCAAGCGCUGCUCCUGCUCGUCCUUGAGAGACAAAGAGUGUGUCUACUUCUGCCACCUUGACAUCAUCUGGAUCAACACUCCCCGGAAUCUUGUUCCAUAUGGACUUGGAAGCCCUCUUAGGCCCAAGCGGUCCCUCAAGGAUUUAUUUCCUACAAAAGCAACAGACCAGAAGAACAGAUGCCAGUGUGCCAACCAAAAAGACAAGAAGUGCUGGAAUUUUUGCCAAGCAGGAAAAGAACUCAGGGACCAAGACACUAUGGAGAAAGGUUGGAAUGAGCAUAAGAAAGAAAAGGACUGUUCCAAGCUUGGAAAGGAGUGUGUUUAUCAGCAGCUGGUGGAAGGGAGAAAAAUGAGGAGGUUGGAGGCCAUCAGAAACAGCAUCAAAACAUCUUUCCAUCUUGCAAAGCUGAAAGCCAAGCUCUCCAGAGAGAAGAAAGUGACCCACAACCGGGCACAGUGAUUACAAAUCACCGUGUGAAGCCUCCUCCUCCACACCGCGCCUGCUGUGCAGCGGGCUCGCAUGCUCCCCACACUGGCCUGCAUCAGAACAAAAGCAUCCUUCCUGCUCAGAUCACUUCUUGCUCCAGAGUGGCAAAGGACCAGCGUCCUCCUAAACAUACUAAGAAUGGCUAAGGACUCCCCAAACUGUCUUCAUUUGCUUCCACCAGUGGUAACUGCUCUUGUCUCUCGUCUUUGAGGAGACAGUGGACCACUCUGAGACACAAUGAGCGGCACAUUAUGGUGGCCUCCUCCACGGGGAGGAGAGGAGACUCCACGUGUGGGUGGGCUCCUGAAGAGGGUCCGAAGGGAGUGUUUGUGUCUCACUCAGGCACCUGGCACAUUUCAGGGAGAAAAUGCAAAGUCCCUGAAGAGAUCUCCUAAGAAAUGCACAAAUUGGAAACACACUCGCGUUAAAAGAAAAAAAAAAAAAGGACUGAUUUUUAAUUCACAAAAUGCAAAAUUGAAAGAAACUGUUACUACUGUAGAUCAGGAUGUGUUUCAUAAAUAUGAGUCUACCUCACCUGUAUUGCACUCUGGCAGAAGUAUUUCUCCACCUUUAAUUAUUGCCUCCCAAAUGCUUUCCUUCCUGCCAACUCCUCCCCUGAAACCUCCACACUAAAUCCUAGCCUCAGAGAAGUCUGGUCUGACGUGUCAGUGGUAGAUACAACAUUUUCACAGUAAUCUACUAGCUCCGAUCUGUAAGAAAAAACAUCAUUGAAUCAGAGGAUUCCCUUACCUUGAUUUUUGGAAACACAGUGGUAUAGGGUUGUUUAUGAAAGACACCAGAGAGUAAACGUUGGUUAUGUUUUAAAACAGUAAAAUUAUGUUCCUUUAUGUAACUGGCAAAUGGAAGA